ACAAACUCUUUACGAGCGGAUUAAAUACACGUAAGAUAAAAAGGAAUAGAAAAUUAAUGAAUUGGGAAGGCACCAAAUUAUUCUUUUAUUUAAUCUUGUAAACGACCAAUCGUCAUACAUUAAUUUAGAUAUUAUUUUUUGUUAGGGAGUAAAUUGGGCUAGGAUCCACAUUAUUAAGGACUAAGAAUCUUUACUCUUGAAAACAAUGAAGCUCAAACAAGUAUUUAGUGGGGGCUGCUUCAAUCCACACAAAAUUUAAGUUUUGUGAUCACUAGCAGCAAGUUCUUGUACAACUUUAUUUCCAUUUCGUUUUGACUUACUUUAAGGAACAUGAAUAAAAAUGCAAACCAAGUCCUCAACAUUUAUCCCAUAUAAGUGUUCUGAAGUUUUUUAUUUUAUUUUAUUAUCAAAUCCAAUGUUUUUGUUUGUCCCGAAAAUUUGAACGCUUUUAGGGCAUUGCCCUUGAUUUCAAUAACAAUGAGGCCUCUAAUACUGAGAGAUGCAGUUGUAUAUCGUGACCAUGUUCAAGCAAUAAAAUCUGGUUUUGCAUCAUGCAUUUUCACUUCUAAUAAACUCAUUCGCCUUUAUUCUAAUCAUGGUCUUUUACAAGAUGCCCACAAACUGUUCGACGAAAUGCCACAUCCAAAUGUAUUCUCUUGGAAUGCCCUAAUUAUGGCUUACAUUAAAGCACACAACUUGACACGGGCUAGAGUCCUUUUUGACUCUGCCUCUCACAUAGAUGUGGUUUCUUAUAAUACCAUGUUGUCGGCUUAUGUUGGUGCUGACGGAUACGAGACUGAGGCACUCGAUUUGUUUGCUAGAAUGCAAUCUGCACGUGACACAAUAGGGAUUGAUGAUUUCACUCUCACAACCAUGCUUAACCUUACUGCCAAGCUACGUGUAGUGUGUUAUGGGAGACAGAUACAUUCGUAUAUGGUGAAAACUGCAAAUGAUUUAAGCAAAUUUGCAUCGAGCGCUCUCAUCAACAUGUACUCUAAAUGUGGUUUCUUUCGCGAAGCAUGCAAUGUGCUUAGUGGUUUUGAUGGUGUGGUGGACUUAGUUUCCAAGAAUGCAAUGGCUGCUGCUUGUUGUAGGGAAGGAAAAAUGGACAUGGCUUUGAAUGUCUUUCAGAAAAAUCAUGAAUUGAAUGAUACAGUGUCUUGGAAUACGUUGAUUGCUGGAUAUGCUCAGAAUGGCUAUAUGGAUAAAGCACUGGCCUUGUUUGUUGAGAUGACUGAAAGAGGUGUUGGGUAUGAUGAACAUACUUUAGCAAGUGUUUUAAGUGCCUGCUCUGGCCUAAAGUAUUUGAAACUGGGCAAGUGUGUCCAUGCGUGGGCGUUGAAAAAUAAUCGGAGUUCAAAUCAAUUCAUUAGCAGCGGCAUCGUAGACUUGUACUGUAAGUGUGGGAAUAUUAGGUAUGCAGAGUCGGUGUAUGCAGGAAUUGGGAUCAAAAGCCAAUUUGCAGUUGCUUCAUUGAUUGUAGGCUAUUCAUCUCAAGGCAACAUGACGAAAGCCCGAAUGCUUUUUGAUUCACUAUCGGAAAGGAACUCUGUUGUCUGGACAACUCUAUGUUCUGGCUAUGCAAAAUUGCCACAAUGUGAGGAAGUCUUCAAACUUUUCAGAGAGUUUAUAAAUGCAGAAGCACUAAUUCCUGAUGCAAUGAUCAUCAUAAUUGUGCUUGGUGCCUGUGCAACACAAGCCGCCCUUUGUUUGGGAAAGCAGAUUCAUACUUACAUCUUGAGAAUGGGACUUAAUAUGGAUAAAAAAUUGCUGAGUGCUAUGGUUGACAUGUACUCAAAAUGUGGUAAUAUCAUGUAUGCUGAGAAAAGCUUCCAACUAAUGGUUGAUAAGGAUAGAGAUGCAAUCUUAUAUAAUGUCAUGAUAGCUGGUUAUGCUCAUCAUGGCUUUGAAAAUAAAGCUUUUCAGCUUUUUCAGGACAUGUUGAAGAAAAGUGUCAAGCCAGACGCAGUCACUUUUGUAGCACUUCUAUCUGCUUGUCGGCAUCGUGGACUAGUAGAACAAGGAGAGAAUAUUUUUAUUUCUAUGAAAGAAGAUUACAACGUGUUGCCCGAGAUAUACCACUAUGCAUGUAUGGUUGAUAUGUAUGGAAGGGCUAAUCAACUAGAGAAGGCAGUAGAAUUCAUGAGGAAGAUUCCCAUACAGAUAGAUGCUACAAUUUGGGGAGCAUUCCUUAAUGCUUGCCAGAUAAACAACAAUACAUCACUUGUCGAUGAGGCAGAAGAGAAACUAUUAAAAGUUGAGUCUGAUAAUGGGUCUCGGUAUGUGCAAUUGGCCAAUGUCUAUGCUGCUGACGGGAAAUGGGUUGAGAUGGGAAGAAUAAGGAAGAAAAUGAGAGUGAAGGAGGCAAAAAAGCUUGCUGGUUGCAGUUGGAUAUAUGUGAAAAAUGGUAUUCAUGCAUUUACUUCUGGUGAUUCAUCUCAUGCAAAAGCAGAUUCAAUAUAUUCAACUUUGUUGUGCUUGAAUGGCACAGAACUGAAGCAACUUCAUGAAAUUCGGGGGGAUGUUCUUGUAGAUGUAUUUUGAUACUCAACUAGCCAACGAUACUAAACAUUUUUAAAUUAAAAAUUAUUGUUCCAUUUGGGAAUCAUAAGAUCACCAUUAUAAGCAGCAUGCUUAUAGAAACCAUUGCAGUAACGAAUUGAAUAUGUUGUCCAUCGGUGUUUUAGUACUACAAGGAAAAUGAUUAGAUGGCUUCACUUUUUCAUGAACUCGCAAAGGGAAAAGAGGUAAUAAAGUUUUGACAAUCAGAAACUCCUAAAUCUUUAAUUCAACCUAAACGUAGACACGGAAGCAAUGAUGAUAAUCUGCCACGUAGCUGCCAUGUCUUCCUUAUUAUUAGCUACUGUUAUUGUAGGAAUGAAUAAUUUAACCUACACAUUAUUAUGCAGUAUUACUGUCUUCUGAUAUAGAUAUGUUGGCAAAUGUUGUAAACAGUGACCCAGAACAGUAAGUUGAUAAUUUGACCAUCAGGAGGCUUGCAAACUUUUAUGAAUCUGCAUAUGGACAAGUUUCCUUAUUCCUUCCGUAGUGAAGGUUUGUUCGAUUAGCUCUGUGAAGGCACUGAUAUUCAAGUCCGAAAAGGUGUUCUACAACGUCUUAUAUUUGGUGACAUAUGUAACACGAAGAAGGUCUAACGCUCAGUUAUUACGAAUUUAUGAAAGUUUGUGGCUAUCCACCUUUAAGCCAGUUGGUGUUAUGUUACUCUAAGUGAUUUUGAGCAAGCAAGUGACAACAUAGGAGCAUGCCCUGAAUUCUUACUGUUAGGUUUGUUUACAAGCACGUGAGCAGCAAGGAGAAAGUCAGCUCCUUAAUUCCUGGUUGUAAAACAUUCUACAGAUUGUAGCUCCUCCAAGACUCUCUUGGAUGUGUACAGACGUACCUGAGAAAGUUGCAAUCAAGUGCAGCUGAGUUUCGAUGAAAGCUUCUAAAGUAAGAUGAUUUCUUUAGGCCAGAGGAUUUGGAAAGUUACAUAUAGGUCAAGUACAAGUUACAUUUGUUACAACCUCAACCUAAGAAAGAUGUAAUUAUAUAAAUGCAAGAAUCAAUUGAAAAGUUUCUUUUCUUUAAUUCAUUAUA